AUGAGGGGAGGCAUUCAAUCUCAAAGAUUUACAUGCAAAGCGAUCCACCCGAUCUACACCGUCACGAAUAUUCAGAACAAGGUGCGUGUUCUUGAUGGCAUCAAAGCCACUUAUUCGUCGUGGGUACGCCUGUUCAAGCUCCAUGCCCAAGUAUACAAAGUCCUCACUCACAUCGAUGGUGCUGCUCCUCCAGCAAACACCGAUCCAGCCUAUGAAACUUGGUCAAAAAUCGAUGCAAUUGUUCUCCAAUGGAUUUAUGGAACACUUUCUGAUGAUCUCCUGGUUCGGGUUCUUGACCAAACCACCGCUCUUGAUGCCUGGAAUAAGGUCAAAGACAUAUUCCUCAAUAACAAAAGCUCUCGCACGGCUGCCCUAGAAAACAAAUUUAACAACCUCACCCUUCGUGCCAUGUCAUUUCUAGAAGCCUAUUACCAACGCCUCAAAGAUCUCGCAUCCCGGCUUGAAGAUGUGGAGUGCCCUGUCUCCGCCAACCGCCUUGUGUUACAACUCGUUCGUGGUCUUCCCUCUGAGUUUGAUACCAUCGCUGCUUUAAUCAAUCAAAGUUUACCUCAUCGGACACGACAUGUUCCAUGCUUCAACUUGAGUGGCAACGCCAACGCGCUCGAGAGGAGGCAUCAGCCAACUCUGUAUAUAUUGGCUCUUGGUUAA